AUGGAAAAUGGUAAAUGCACAAAGAAGUUUCCUAAAGAUUUCCAAGAGGAAACGGUCAUGGAUGUUAAUGGAUACCCAUUGUAUAAACGCCCAAACAACGGUAGGAUGGUGAUGAAAAAUGGUGUACCGCUUGACAAUAGAUACGUAGUACCGUACUGUCCUUACUUAUCACUGAAGUAUAAUGCCCACAUCAACGUAGAAGCCUGUACAUCCAUAAAAUCUAUUAAGUACAUUUUCAAGUAUGUUUACAAAGGUCAUGACUGUGCGAGAAUUGAGACAACUGAAAGAGAUCCCACCUCUCGGGACGAGAUUAAGAAAUACAUUGAUACCAGAUACGUGAGUGCACCGGAGAGUGUGUGGAGACUCAGUGGAUUUGAUGUGUGCGAUAAGAGCCACACUGUUGUGAGAUUAGACAUACACGAACACCUCCAUCAGAGUGUCACUUUUAGAGAGGGUGCUGAUAUUGAUGGGGUGUUGGAGCGAGAUCACAGUACGAAGUUGACAGCUUGGUUUGAGUUGAAUGAGAGAACUCCUGAGGCACGACAGUAUUUGUAUAAUGAGAUACCUAAGCACUAUAGGUGGGACCAGAAAAACAAGAAGUGGAUUAAACGAGUGAAGUCGGGUGCUGCGGUGAUAGCAAGAAUCUACAGUGUAGGUCCCAGGCAGCGGGAGAAAUUUUACUUGAGAAUGUUACUGCUUCAUGUGCGCGGUGCGAGGUCGUUUCGUGAGAUGAAAGUGUACGAUGAUGUGAGGUAUGAUACGUACGAGGAGGUGUGUCGUGAGAGAGGUCUGUUAACUGAUGACACAGAGUGGAAGAGAACACUGGAGGAAGCGUGUGGGAUAGCUACGUGUAGGCAGAUAAGAGAGCUUUUUGUGACGAUAUUAGGCUGUUGUGAGCCGAGUAAUCCUAGAGAACUGUGGGAUGACUUCCAGGAACAGAUGUAUGAGGACUAUGUGAAUAUCCAUAAUUUACCUCCUGAUAGGGCGGUACAUUAUGCCCUUAGAGACAUCAAUCAUUCACUGCUUGCAAAUUACCGUGUUUCUGUCACAACUUUUAAUAUAGACUUACUCGAAAACUGGGAAGAUUUGCCCUCACUUGACGAGGCUGAGCACGACUAUAUAGAUGUUGCUGCUGAGGCUGAUAGAUUUGACACCAUGUAUAGUCGACUUAAUGAUGAACAAAGAGAACCGACCGAGGGUCACUCUUACGGAGGGUACGGGGGGAACACAGACGCAAUAUGGGACUACUCAGGACCAGAUAACAGUACACACAUCCUGCUGGAGAUGAGGAGAAAGAGGUUAGCAGCGGACAUGACCCACCACGUCGCUGACGAAGAGGCGGUGCACGUUACCAGUGGGAACAGCGCGCUGAGUAGGGACAGUAAUCUAGACUCUGUUGAGGAGCCUCGUGAACACGUGUGA